CUCGCCCAACAUGCUCGCACUCGCCUCGCGCCGUGCCCUCCCGCUCGCCGCCCGCCUGCCGCGCGCCGCCGCCGCGCCCGCCGUGGCGCGUGCCAAGUCGACGUGGGCCAGCGUCGCCGCCGGCCCGCCGGACGCCAUCCUCGGCGUCACCGAGGCCUUCAAGCGCGACACCGACAAGCGCAAGAUCAACCUCGGCGUCGGCGCCUACCGCGACCAGGACGGCAAGCCGUACGUGCUGCCCAGUGUCCGCAAGGCCGAGGAGCAGGUGCUCGCUGCGCUCUGGGACAAGGAGUACCUGCCCAUCACCGGCCUCGCCAACUUCACCGCCAACGCCGCCAAGCUGGCGUACGGCGGCGCAUCGGCGCCGCUGAGCGAGGGCCGCGUGGCCAUCACGCAGUCCAUCUCGGGCACGGGCGCGCUGCGCAUCGGCGGCGAGUUCCUCGCGCGCCACUUCCCCGGCAACAAGACCAUCUUCCUGCCUACGCCCUCGUGGGGCAACCACACGCCCAUCUUCAAGGACUCGGGCCUCGAGGUCAAGCAGUACCGCUACUACAACAAGGAGACCGUCGGCCUCGACCUCGAGGGCCUGCUCGCCGACCUCAAGGCCGCUCCCGAGAACUCGAUUGUGCUGCUACACGCCUGCGCGCACAACCCGACCGGUGUCGACCCGACGCGCGAGGACUGGAAGCGCAUCUCCGAGGUGGUCAAGGAGAAGAACCACUUCCCCUUCUUCGACAUGGCCUACCAGGGCUUCGCGUCCGGCGACACCGACGCCGACGCGUACGCGCUGCGCUACUUUGUCGAGCAGGGCCACCAGGUCGCGCUGAGCCAGAGCUUCGCCAAGAACAUGGGUCUGUACGGCGAGCGCGUCGGUGCCUUCUCGCUCGUCUGCGCCGACGGCGACGAGAAGGCGCGCGUGGACAGCCAGCUCAAGAUCGUCGUGCGCCCGCUCUACUCGAACCCGCCCGUGCACGGCGCCCGCAUUGCCGGCACGAUCCUCGACGACCCGACGCUGAACGCGCAGUGGCUCGACGAGGUCAAGGGUAUGGCUGACCGCAUCAACGGCAUGCGCGCUGAGCUCAAGACGCUGCUUGUCGACGACCUCGGCAGCAAGCAGAACUGGGACCACAUUACCAACCAGAUCGGCAUGUUCGCCUUCCUCGGCAUCUCGCCCGAGCAGGUCGCCAAGCUCGUCAACGAGCACCACGUGUACCUCACCAAGGACGGCCGCAUCUCCGUCGCCGGCAUCACUCGCCACAACAUCAAGCACCUCGCAUCGGCGCUGCACGCCGUGACGUCCUAAGCGUCUCCGAGGUGUCGGCCGUGCGCAGCAGGGCUGCCCGGCGGCCCGCUCCGCACAUACUCUAUUACCUCUCUCUCGCGCCAACCUGUCUGCACCUCCACC